CUGGAGAUGAUAGCCAUGGAGAACCCUGCAGACCUGAAGAAGCAGCUCUACGUGGAGUUUGAAGGAGAGCAGGGCGUGGAUGAAGGAGGAGUCUCCAAAGAGUUCUUCCAGCUGGUGGUGGAGGAGAUCUUCAACCCUGACAUAGGGAUGUUCACGUACGACGAGCGGACCAGGAUGUUCUGGUUCAACUCCUCGUCGUUUGAGAACGAGGGCCAGUACACGCUGAUCGGCAUCGUCCUGGGCCUGGCCAUCUACAACAACUGCAUCCUGGACGUGCACUUCCCCAUGGUGGUCUACAGGAAGCUGAUGGGCAAGAAGGGCACCUUCAGGGACCUGGCCGACGCCAACCCGGUCCUGUGCCAGAGCCUGAAGGAGCUGCUGGAGUACGAGGGCAGCGUGGAGGACGACAUGAUGAUCACCUUCCAGAUCUCACAGACGGACCUGUUCGGGAACCCCCUCAUGUACGACCUGAGGGAGAACGGAGACAAGAUCCCUGUGACCAACGAGAACAGGAAGGAGUUUGUAGCUCAGUACUCAGAGUACGUCCUGAACAAGAGUGUGGAGAAACAGUUCAAGGCCUUCAGGAGAGGCUUCCACAUGGUCACCAACGAGUCGCCCCUCAAGUACCUGUUCAGACCUGAGGAGAUCGAGCUGCUGAUCUGUGGCAGCAGGAACCUGGACUUCCAUGCCCUGGAGGAGACAACAGAGUACGAUGGAGGAUACAACAAAGACUCAAGGAUCAUCAAGGAGUUCUGGGAGACGUUGCACUCGUUCAGUGAGGAGCAGAAGCGCCUCUUCCUGCAGUUCACCACCGGCACUGACAGAGCACCAGUGGGUGGGCUGGGCAAGCUGAAGAUGAUCAUCGCCAAGAAUGGACCUGACACUGACAGGUUACCCACGUCCCACACCUGCUUCAACGUGCUGCUGCUGCCUGAGUACAGCAGCCAGGACAAGCUGAGAGAGAGACUGCUGAAAGCCAUCACCUAUGCCAAAGGGUUUGGCAUGCUCUGAGC